UACAUUUUUUAAAUAACUGACAUUUUAAUUUCACUCUUAUGUCAUAGUUUUCAUGAAAUGUUAUGUUUUACUCUAGCAAUUAAACAGCUUAGCAGAUCUUUGUUUUAUCAAAAGAGAGUCUCUCACCAGAACAUGAAUUCAAAAAAUCUUAGAACUCCAUCUGGAUCAACAUUGUUCAUGUUAUUUGUAAUUUAGCCUUUACAGAUUAAUGCUUUUGAGUAUUAUUUUAUUAAAACUGCUGUCUCUAUAGCUGCUUUUAAUGUUUAGUAUCAGUAACCCCUUGCACAUAUAUUUCUUUGUUCUGCAUGAAAUAUUGUAUACUGUAGUUACUCAGAUACUGUAAGUACAGUCAUACCUAUAGCUGUGGAUAGUCUGUGGCAGUAAAACAUUCGGAUGAGGUUAACAAAUUGUCUGAAAUAGUGGUCUUAAGUCUGUCAGUUGGUAUAUACCUUCAUAUAUUUCUUUUAAUCCAUCAAAUCCUAAAGGAACUCAGUAGUGCCACAAGGAAAAAUAUCUCUGGAGCUAUUUCAAGAUAAGGAAAAGAUGCUGUUUAGGGAGUAUAGGAAGAGUCAUGUGAUACAUUUGAAGGGAAAGGCUUGAAUGCCAAUGUACUGAUGCUUCAGAUCGAGACUUCUGAAUACCUGUUAACUACAUAGAGGUUAUUUACGAAGCUUUAGUUUUUUACUCUUAUUGCCAGUUAUGUUCAUCUAUACCAUACUCUCUUCAGUACUUUACCACUUCUCCUCAGUUCAGAACUAGUUUUAUGAUAAUUAUUUCUCAUUACACUGUUCAUCAAAACAAUUAUUUAUUCCCUGUGCAUAUUGCUCAGUUCUUUUUUAUUCAAGGAAAAAUGUCUAUAGAGUGCUGUCUUACAUACACUUGUGAAAAUUUGAAUAAACAUUGCCAAAAAUGUCUGAUGAUGUCUAACUAUUGAUGUAUGUUAAAAAGUAAGGGUUAAUUUAUUCUGUAACAGAGGAUAGAUGUGACAUCUCAAAUCAGUCAUGCAGCAGAUACUUUAGAUUUAUUGAUAUCAAGAUGCAUUUCAGUUUUCUAUCACAUCUCUUUCGCUUCAUAAAGUAGAAAUAUUUAGACCCUCUCAAAGAGAACAUUGAAAACAUUCCUUCAUUUUUGUUUCCAAUUUUUUUUUCUCUGAAGCUAUUGAUUUUUGUUACGAACUGGCUCCAUAGUCUUGGCUGUACCUAUCUUCUGCGGAAACACGUUUUAUUAAUCUGAAUCACAGAAUAUUCCAUAGUUCUUUUGCACACAGUGUAGAAAUGUGCUUCUAACUAAGGGAAAAGUUUAACAUUUUUUAAUAAUAAAUUAAUAAUAAAUUAUGUUGUAAUUUUAAAAACAACAAAUCACUUGUUAAAUGAUGUUCCGGUGCAGUAUGUGAUCUUAAAAGCUCCUAGUUUUUUUGUAUUUUCCUUCUCACCUGAUGACUUUCAUUAAAGAGCUUUGAUUAGAGAAAUCUGUUAGUCCCUUUAAAAAUAUUACAAAAUCAUCUGUGAUCAUUCUACAAGGGCAUUAGGGUGAGAAUUUUGCAGCUUUCGCGUUUUUUCCUUUAAGAAGGAUACAAAAAGUGGAAAUCGUUAAAUCAAUUCAGCUUGCUUAUGUGGAUUCAUUUUCUGUAAAUACCUUUGAGUAAAAAGUAAACUUUCUAGAGCUUAAAAACAGUCCCCAUUUUGUCUUAGUGGUUAUUAUGGUUUCAUAAUGGGGUGAAACAUCAACACUGUUGAUAUUUGCGUUUUUUGAAGUUUUAUCUGAUGUGCCUUGUUAUAUUGAUAAGAAAUGUGGAGAUAAUUCAGAAUUAGCAGUUAGCAGUAUAGAGCCUUUACUAGCUAACUUUUCUCAGAUUGUCUCAAUAGAACAGUGCUUUUAUUCAAGUCACUGAAUCACAUUAACAUAAAGAUGGGGCUAAGCUGAAAAAAUAAAAUGAAACGAUGUGUAAGAUGUGCAGCUGUGAUCUUCUAUAAAAGAAAUAACUCUGCUUUUUAAUUUUCCUCCACAUCUGUCUGGUGGAAAUGUGACUGAUUAUCAGUGGCCCAGACAUAAGUCCUCCCAUCAGAACCUAGCUAACAGAGCCCCUGUUUCUUUCAAUCUUCUUUUCUUUUUCUCUGUAGAGCACAGGGGGCUUCUUAGUUUAAACCUUCUAUGAAGAGUCAUCUUUGUGGCUUUAUUCAUAAACCGACCAAUUAACAACACAAUCUCCCUUCUAUUUAUUGAUAUAGAGGAAAAAGGCGUUAUCACAGAGGCUUUUGGAAAAAGUCUAGGCCUUGUUGCCAUGGUGCUCAUUGGUAUGGAAGCACGCCAUUCUUUUUUUACAAAAUUAAAUGAAUCCCUUCUCUUGACUCAGGCUAUUGUCAAGCAUUCAAGGCACAAGUGGUCCUCACAGGCAAAGGGAUGGUGUAAAAUAGAUGAGGUCAAAGUUUGCAUGAGAGCCCCCUUUCAAGACCUCUAAUCAAAUUUGAGAAGCAACAGAACAUUCAUAGAGCUACGGUUUCCCAAAUCAGCUCAGAAUUUCUUUCUUUAAUGAAAUUGUUUUCACUUGCUGAAGGAACUCAUAGGAGGAUAUGUCUUCUAUCUCUUGCCUUAUAAACGUGAUAGAGCACAUUGCAUUUAUUUAUCUCGUUGUAAUUUUCCCCUAUUCACAACCUCUGAGCUGCUGUGUAUUAUCUUGGCUCCACCACCAGCUGUUGUUAGAUGAACGCCAGCAUUUCGCAGUGAGAUAUUUACACCCUUGGAAGCUCUAUUUCAGCAAAGCUUGAGAAGGGAAUCAUCGUGAUAAGUAGGAGACAUGAACUCCUCAUCGGUGGAAAUCUCAUCUAUGCUCCCCAACCAGUCAUCUGAGAGCUGCAGCGCAGAGACGGUGGUGGAGAAUAUCGUAUUUGGAGGAUUGUACAUAGUGGUUUUCCUUCUGGCUCUUACUGGCAACGGGCUGGCACUGUGGAUCUUCUCUCGACAGCAUGGCACUACUUCCCCCUCUAACGUGUUCCUGCUGCAUUUGGCCAUUGCUGACCUCUCCUACGUGGCGAUCUUGCCUCUGCGGGCUGCUUACCACCUGACAGGAGGCCACUGGCCGUUCGGGGAAGUGCCUUGCCGUGUGGUGGGCUUCCUCUUCUACGUCAACAUGUACGCCAGCAUCUAUUUUCUUGCGUGCGUGGCCGGGGACAGGUACUUGGCGGUGGUGCAUGCCGUGCGCUCCUUGAAAAUCCGCCAGUCCCGUUACGCCCACACCGUCAGUCUUCUCCUUUGGAUCCUGGUGACCGUAUCAAUGGCCCCUCUGCUGGCCACCCGGCAGACCAUCCAGAAGGACAAUCUCACCGUGUGCCUGCAGCUGUACCGCGAGAAAACGUCACAUCGGGCCCUCGUCUCCAUCGCCGUGGCCUUUACUCCGCCUUUCCUCGUGACGCUCGUCUGCUACCUCUUGAUCGUCCACAGCCUCCGCCAGGGGAUAAGGCUGGAGACUGGUCUCAAAAGCAAAGCUCUCCGCACCAUAGGCCUGGUGCUGCUCAUCUACUUGGUCUGCUUUUUACCCUACCACGUCAGCCGCGUGAUCUAUAUUGUUGUGCACGGCCACCCGGGGGUGUCCUGUCAGACUAAACGAGCCCUAAUGCUGGGGAACCGGUUGACCUCUUCGCUCACCUGCCUGAAUGGCGCUCUCGACCCCCUCGUUUACCUGUUUGGUGCAGAGAAGUUUCGGGAUGUGUUUUGGCAGAUGCUCUGUGGGAAGAAAGCAGGGUGCUCUGGAGCUGCCAGCGGGGAAGCCAAAACGACACACGAGAGCUCGCUGAGUGCCAAGUCCGAGUUCUGAUGUGAUGGACCGUGUUUUCGCUUUGCUUUCGGCGCCCUCUCCCACCCCUGAAAGAAAAGACCCCCCCCCCCCCCCC